AUGGCAAUGAUAAACAUUCCCCGUGAAAGAAACGAUCCAUUUUAUCGUUACAAGAUGCCAAGACUUGUGAUCACGAGUUACGACAAGAAUAAUAACAAUGAAAUUUAUAAACGAUGCAAUGCUUGUGGUAAUAUGAGUACAAUGAAAAAGGAAUCCCACAAGUUGAUCAAAUUUAUUCUAAGCAAUUGGCUUCAAUGUGAAGGAAAAUCUGAUAGACUUGACUUAGAUGAAAAUACUUCAAUUGUACAGGAAGAAGAACAAGCAAGCGAUGAAAGUGAAGAUUGGGAUGGCGAUUUGUCUUCAUCUGCAAUUGAAUCGAACAUUCAGCUUAAUCGUAUGGGUCCAUUGGAAGAUCUCCAUAAACAAAUGCAUGAAAAUUGUGAACAGUUCAAUUCUUUAUUGAAAAAAAAGAAAUUGGCUAAUCAAUUAAAUGAUCCUAUUUCAAUUCAAGAAUUGAUAAUUGAAGCUGAACGAUUGAAUAUAAUAGAGCAAGCUCCAUUUUAUGUUGCUGAGUGUUUAUUUACCGAUCAAAUCAUCAAAGAAAUUAAAGCAUACAAAAUGCUACUUUAUAAAGAAUCGAAACAACUUGUUGAUAAAGCGAUUGCAACAGAAAUUCGAGAAUACGCCGAAGAAUUCAUCGAAUGGUUACGUACAGCUGAAGAAUCCAAUGAUGAAGACAACAAUAAAGUCUCCAAUGAUCUAUAG